AUGACAAACGACUCAAGUCGGUUCUCGAUUCUGUCGCUUUCGAGCAUCGGUGGUGGCAGCACCGGUGGUGUACACAGCAGAAACAGCAUCCGCAAAGACAGCAUCUCGUAUCCGAUGCUGGAGCCACCGUCGCGGGCUACCGUGCGGUCUGUCCGUAUUCGGGACGUCGACGAGAAACCGCGGAUCGUACACGUCGACGCACCACACCGACGACAGCAGCGGGCCCAACAUUCGUCGUCUACGAGUCCGUCCAAGACGUGUAGCCCACACUCAUCCCAUAACAGCCACUCCAUCUCAUUCCUAGACCUGCCACGGGAACCAAUGUCGCCAAGCCUAAAGACGAAGACACAAACGGAAACAAAGGACAAGGACGAAUCCGCCAGACUGGCUCAUCUUUUUGUAGCCUGCACCCGCCAAGACAUCAUUGUCGCUCUACUGGCCACCACUGCCUCGGCCGCUGUCGCGGGCGCGAAAACGGCCUACGCCCUUCUCCUCGGCCAGAUUUUUCAGGUCAUCAGCGACUUCGGCAGCGGCACACGUUCGGCCCACGACACGCUGAUACAAGUCGGCAGGUGGUGUCUCGGCCUCACUAUUCUUGGCAUUGGCAUGGCCGUCUGUGCAGCGCUGCUCAUGGGACUUUGGAUCAUCCACGGCGAGACACGGGCUCGCACAGUCCGCCUCCGUCUGUUCAAGUCCCUGCUCUCCAAGGAGAUGGCCUGGUUCGACACCCGCGCCGGCGGCAUGGCCAGCCUCAUGACCGAGCAGUACACGCAGAUCCGCGACCUGCAGGCCGCAACGUCGCAGCUUCUGGGCUACAUCGUGAGCGAUGCCUUUGUGUGCGUCGCCUGCCUGGCCGUCGCUUUUGCCAAGUCGUGGGCCUUGACUCUUGUUCUGCUGGCCACGGUCCCCGUCUCCGUCGUAGUCCUCCAGCUCCUCGGACGCGACCUCAAGCCAGCUGCGGAGCGUCAGCGGGGCUCCCUCAAUAACGCCGCCCAGCACGCCUCGGGCGCCUUGUCUGGCAUCGACCUCGUGAAGAUCUACAAUGGCUACGAUACAGAGCUGUGGCAGUACGUCGGAGCCAUCCGUAUGGCCGCUCGUCACUACGCUCGGCAAGCACUGUCUUCAAGUGCACAGAUGGGCUACAUCAAGGUGUGGAUGAUCAACCUCUUUGUCAUCGGCUUCUGGUUCGGCCUGGCACUGGUCACGCGUGGCAGCACCACGCCUGGCGACGUGCUCACUGCCUUUUAUGCCGUCUUGAUUGCCUUCCAGUCACUCGAGUCGAUCGGCACGCAGUGGGUGACUGUUCUGAAAGGCACUGUGGCCGGUAAGGCGUUGGAGACCAUGAUUGGCGAUGGUGCAGAUGCCGACGGCAACUCUUCGCUGCCACCAGGUGACCUGCGCCCCGUUCAACCGCCCCGUGACAUUGUUCUUGACAACGUCAGCUUCGCCUACCCAUCCAACCCGUCCAGGAUGGUUCUCGACGGCUGCAGCAUGGCCUUUGCCGCCGGCCAGGUAUCGUUUGUCGUCGGACGCAGUGGUUCGGGCAAGAGCACCAUUGCCGAUUUGCUCGUGCAGUUUUACGCUCCCACGGCCGGCCGCAUUCUGAUUGACGACGUCCCCGCCGGCCGUCUCGAUCGAGACUGGCUGCGCGAGAAUGUUGCUCUCAUACAACAGGCCAGCACCGUGUUCCAGGGCACGUUUGCCUGGAACGUCGCUCUGGGCGGAGGAUCGGCUGCUGCCGCCGCCGCAGCUGCCACUCCCACUGCAACCGACUCAACCAUCACGCGCGACGAUAUCAGGACUGCCUGCGAGACGGCCCUCCUCCAGUCCACCGUGGCCAACCUGCCCCAAGGCUUAGACACAGUCAUAGGUGGUCCAUCUGGCUCUGCGCUCAGUGGUGGUCAGCGGCAGCGCCUCGCCCUAGCCCGUGCCAAGAUCCGCGACCCUGCCGUGCUCGUGCUCGACGAGACCACGAGCGGCCUCGACCCCAAGAGCGCGCAGAUGGUUUUGGAUGCCGUGCGCACUUGGCGUCACGGCAAGACCACCAUUGUAAUCACGCACGACAUCAGCCAGAUUGCACGCGAGGACUAUGUGUACGUCAUGGACCGUGGUCGUCUUGUCCAAGAAGGCGUGUUUGGGUGGCUACGCACAGAACAGGGCGGCGCCAUGCAGACUCUCUUGCAGUCAGCUAGCGGCCAUGGCGCCGCAGAUGUGUGUCUCAGUCCCGUCACCAAGAUCGGCCACGGCCGAGAGGAAGAAGCCGACGACAAUGAUGAGAAUAUCAUGCCCUCACGACCUAUUUCUGUUGAAACAACGGGCCUCUUCCGCCGGGCAUCCAUCUUUUCGGCGCCAUUGGCCUACAACCAACAGCGCCAGUCCAUUCUCUUGAAUCCUUACCCGAGCUACUACAAGCGAGCGUCCAGACGCUCGGUACAAUACCACUCGGCACCUGGGUCGGCGGCCGCGACGCCACGCGCAUCUGUCGUCCUUCCGCCCAAGUCUCACCGCCUUGAUGACGACGAUUACGGCUACUACAACCAGCGGUCCAGCCUCGACGUGCUUUGCGAACGUGGGGCCCAGGCCCAGAGCAUGCGCAUGGAUGAGGCCAUCCCCAGCUCGCCCAUCAGCCGCAUUCGACGCGUUGCCACGGUGGAGGAGCAGCCACGCGGCAGUGAUGAUGGCGACACAGAGUCUGCGAAAGAUGCCACCGACGCACUCCCCUCUCUGCGCACUGUCCUCCUGACCGUCUGGCCAUCCCUCGACCGUGCCAGCCGCCUCGAUUUCGUCUUUGGAUGCGUCGCCUGUCUGAUCGUUGCUGCCUGCAACCCAGCCUUUUCUUUCGCCUUUGCCCGCAUGCUGCAGGCCUUUUGGGUCCCGGACGGUGUUGACGCACAGGGUGCUGGUCGUCCAUGGGCUCUCGUCCUUGUCGGCCUCUCUAUUGUCGACGGUGCCGCUGUUUUUGCCGCCUUUUACUUGGCUGAGCGAGUUGGACUCGCCUGGGUCAACCACUUGCGCAGCGAAGCCUUCGCGCGCCUGAUGCUCCAGCCUAAAGCCACCUUCCCGGCGCCAGCGCCCGCCGUCGAGUGCCUCGACCGUGGCGGCGAAGAGAUGCGAAAGCUCGUCAGUGUGUUCGUGCCCAUCCUCCUUAUGGCCGCCGGCAUGGUCGCCGUGUCGGUGGUCUGGGCGCUGGCGGUCGCCUGGAAGUUGACUCUUGUCGUGCUGGCUGCCGGUCCCGUUGUCGUGCUCGUGGCCACCCAGCUCGCUACGCGUGUCAGCAAUUCUUGGGAAGCGCAUGCCAACCGCGCCGCCGAACGUGUCAGCGCCGUCUUUUCGCAAGUAUUUCCCAAUAUUCGCGUUGUGCGCGCCUUGACGAUCGAAGACUACUUUACCGACGGGCCGCUUCGCGAGGCCACUGCCACCGCCUUUGCCAUGGGCAUCUCCCGUGCGUGGCGCACCGGUGCCCUCUACGGCCUAAAUCAAGCGCUGCCCAACUGGCUUGUCGCCUUGGUCUUUUACUACGGCACCACGCUCCUCUCAUCGCCGGCCUCCGUCAACGGUCUGGUGCAAGUCGUCAAUCUACUGCUCUUCAGUAUCGGCACAGCCGCCGCGCUUCUUGGCAACGUGCCGCAGAUGGCUGCGUCCAAAACAGUUGCCGUGCAGAUGCUCGAGUUUGCCGCCCUGUCACGCGACGCGGGCCACGAGCACCACGGCGGCGGCAUCAUCCCGACCUCUCUCUUUCCCAUUUGCAUGGACCGUCUGGUGUUCAAGUAUGGUACCGACCAAACCGGCAGUCGGCCUGGCGACGCCACCGUCUUACGCAAUCUGUCCUUGGUCAUCCAGCCGGGUGAGCUUGUUGGCAUUGUCGGCACAUCCGGUGGGGGCAAGAGCACGGUCUUGUCGCUACUGUUGCGGCUGUACGCGGACGAGAGUGAGACACAGAACGCCGGAAGUCAGUUGUCGUUUGGCGGCAUUCCGGCCGAUCAGAUCGACACCUACGCUUUGCGUGCUCGCAUGGCCUAUGUCCCGCAGCAGCCGUAUCUAUUUCCUGGGACGCUGCGGCACAACAUCACGUACGGUCUGGAUGCAGAGCCCGUGACGGAAGAAGAGCGCGCAACCAUCUGGCCGAUGGCGGCGCGGACGGUCCGCAUGGAGCAGGCCGGGCGUGCAGCGGGCAUCGAUGCGUUUGUGGCGUCACUGCCAGAAGGGUACGACACGGUGGUGGGCAACGCCGCCACGCCACAGACGGGGACUGCCGACAAUACCUCCACUGCACCGUCCGCGCUGUCGUCGUUGUCGGGCGGCCAGGCCCAGAGGGUGUGCAUUGCCCGCGCCCUGCUCCGUCGCCCGCAGCUGCUCGUCCUCGACGAACCCACUAGUGCCCUGGACGCGUCCUCGGCCGAAGCCGUCCGCCAUACGCUGCGGUCUCUGAAGCAAAACAGCCGGCACGCCCGCAUGUCCAUUGUCGUGGCCACGCACAGCAAGGCCAUGAUGCAGCUGUGCGACCGGCUGCUGGUCGUGCAGGACGGCGCAGUGGCGGCAAGCGGGUCGUAUGCGGCGCUGUUGGCGCAGGGACGUGACGGCGUGUUUGCACGGCUAGUAGGGGAGAUUGAUGAUUAG